GAAUUGCGUGACUGAGAGAAGUAGAAGAUUGCGAGAGAAAAGGACGAGAAAAACAAACAUUUGACAGGAUUUUUACAUUUUUUUUUAUUUUAAGAAAAAAAUUAUGGACGCUGGCAUUUUAAUCAUAUUUCUAUGCUCAUUCAUAAUUGUAUUUUGUGCAGCAUGUCUAUGUUGUAGUAUAUUUAGUGAUAAUGAGGAAGAAAUAAGGAAUUUGGAAAGGAGGCAACAAGGACCAAAUCAAGCUCCAGAUGCACCUUAUGUCGUCGAAAUGGAACAAAUCAAGAAGCCUACAACUAUCACACCAAUCAAAAGUCCAGUAAAAUUAAAAGCAUCAUCAUGUAACGAGGAAAUUCCACCACCAAGUUAUGAGGAAUGGCUACAUAUGUCGGAGGCAUGCAUGUUUUAUCAUUCCAUGGCCAAAAUAUCGUAGUGAUUUAAGUGACAAUUAGCUGAUAUUAAGCAGUCGUACCAAUGAAAUGUUUUUUAUAUGAAUAUUUUUAAAAGUUAUACAAGACAAAUGCCAAUUUAGGUUUAAUUAAGCAUAAGAAGCAAUAAAAGUGUUGUAUUUUUUACCAAAAUGUUGUUUUUAAUAUCAUAUCAUUAUCUUAGAAAUUCA